AGAGCGGGUGGCCGGGGAAGCUCGAAGGGCGGACGGCGGCGGCAAGCGAUCGGCCCGGGGCCGCGGGAGCCGGAGACCGCGGCGGCGGCGGCUGCUGCUGCUGCUGCUGGAGGAGCCGAGGGGACACCGCCCCUGCCCGCGCCGAGGCCAUCGCUGCUCCCCCGAGGCCCCGCGCGGACUAGCCUCCGUGAAGUGUCACGAUGUCUGACCGGAAGGCAGUGAUCAAGAACGCAGACAUGUCUGAGGACAUGCAACAGGAUGCCGUUGACUGCGCCACGCAGGCUAUGGAGAAGUACAACAUAGAGAAGGACAUUGCUGCCUAUAUCAAGAAGGAAUUUGACAAGAAAUAUAACCCUACCUGGCAUUGUAUCGUGGGCCGAAAUUUUGGCAGCUAUGUUACACACGAGACAAAGCACUUCAUCUAUUUUUACUUGGGUCAAGUUGCAAUCCUCCUCUUCAAGUCAGGCUAGGUGGCCGCAGUGAAGGUGUCAGUGGCGGCGGCAGCGAUGGCAAGCAGGCGGCGUUGCUGGGACUGUUUUGCACUGGGGCCAGCAUCAGGAAGUCCUCUCCAAUGGCUGUGCUACUGCAUGGACUGUAUACUCGAUUUCAUGUGUAUGUCGCAGUAAACAAAACCAAACUUCUUUCUGUUUAGUUGCCUGGGGAAGAAGGCUGCUUUAUGUUUAUUUUUCAAGACUUUAAAAUUUUUUCUUUGUAUUGCACUAGGAAAUCUCUCCCACCCCUCCCUCUUCUCUUUCUCUCCCUACAUAAAAUUUUCAAAAAGCCCUCAACAAAGCCUGUAAAACUAGGAGGGCUGGGGGAGAGCAGGCGGUUUUUGGAGGCAGAACUCAAAUUGUGCAGCCACCUCCUCCUGGUGGUGGGUGCUGCUUUGGGAUGGCUGGGAGGCUGCAGGGGACAGCGUAAGGAUUGGCAGGGAGAGGGGGAUAGGAAGGAGGCUAGGGGGAUUGAUCUAGUACCAGGGAGAAUAUUCCACUGAACUGUGAUUCCAUGGCUUGGGGCACAGGGUGGGGUGGGGGGUGGAUUCUUUGAGGGGCCCUGAGACGUGUUUGUCUGUGGUGUGUGGGAGUGGGGAGCAGACUUAUCUUGCUGUCUUUGUCAGAAGAGUUUCUAAGUAAGGGCUGUGUCUUUGUGGAUUACCUUCUUUUAUUCUUCCUGCCAGAGCUCAUGCUAGGAGGAUGUUGGGGGUAGGAUUAGCUUGAUUCUUUUUCUUCUAUUCAUUCUUCUCUCCUCCUGUCUGCUCCCUGCUUAGCCCUCAGUUUUCUCAUUCCUCUGGAGUUCUCUUAGAGCAGCCCCUGUUAGUUGGCUGGCAAGGGAAUUUCUGGUGACUGUAGUUCCUUAGUUGUCUUAGCAAUCAAACCAAAUCGACGUCUCCCUUGAUUCUCCUCUGUGUAUAUGUGUGUGUAUGUGUAUGUGUGUAUCUUGGUUUGGGGUAGAGGGGAGGGAGGGGCAGAACAGUGUGGAAUCUCUAAGGCGUAUGGUUAGAUAGGUGGCACGAUUAGUUCUGAUUGGGCCUUUACGUUAAAAACCUCUGGGGGUGUCUGUUUAGGGGGUGAAGGCAGUUGUCAACCCCCAUAGGCCAUCUGGCCCAGACAUUGCUUGCCCUAUGGCUGUCUGUUCCCCAGAAGGCUUUGGGAAGAUAGCGCACGAGGAGAUGGCUGUGAUGCCAUCUGCCCUGGAACCGGUUCUUAGUGGAGAGGAAAAGUGAUUUGUGGGUGUUUGCAGCCCUUAUGGGAGGUGGGGAUGGAAGUGAUAAAGGGCUGUAAGGACCUUUGGGGGAACUUUGGAGGGGAUUAGUCUUGUAGUGGUGAAGCCAGGUAUCAGGAGAUGGAGCAGGGCUGCUAGUGGGCGGAGAUUCCAAGGAAAGUGCAGGGGGAGAUCUUGUCUAUUGAUCAAACGGGGGUGGGGGGGAGGUCAUUGCUGACCGAGCUGCUGAUUCUUGUAAAUCACAUUUAAAACUCUCAUGUGUAGGGUUGGCACUGUGGGAGGGGGGUGGUUGGGAUCCAGCUCAUUCUUUUUUUUUUUUCCCCCCCCCACAAGUCCAUCCUUGGGGCUGGUGGGGAGGCAGGAGAAUUCCCCCUCCCCAAGCCUUUAGUGUGUGCCGAGCUUUCUUUUUGUUGCUGACGGGGGAGGGUGGGUGCUGACCAGGGAUGGUGAGUGAGUUCCCUGUCAAACCCAUCAGUGGGCACAAGAUUGAGUGCUUGGCUUUAGGUUUUAUUUUUUUAUGAAUGUCAAAAUCUGUGUUUCCCCCUGCCUUCCCAGACUUGUGUGGCCAGUUGGAAAUGUCUGGUUUGUGUCAUCUCCCUCAUUUCUGGAGCAGGGGCUGAGACCCCACCACAUCUAUGCUCUGCAUCCAUGCCUCUUUUGGACAUUAAAGGUCGAUUGAUGCA